AAUUUUUUUUUCUUUGUUUCAUAGGUUGUUGGUAUUUUGAUUUGAAUCCUCAGAACCUUAAAAUCUUAGGGAGGCUAAGCUUGCUGGAACUCUGAAAAAAUGAAGUGGCAAUAUAAGGAGGAGCACCCCUUUGAAAAACGAAGGCAAGAAGGAGAGAAGAUCCGCAAAAAGUAUCCCGAUCGUGUCCCGGUGAUUGUGGAGAAAGCUCCAAAGGCGAGGAUAGGAGACUUGGACAAGAAAAAGUAUUUGGUUCCAUCAGAUUUGACAGUUGGGCAGUUCUAUUUCUUGAUACGCAAGAGGAUCCACCUCCGACCCGAGGAUGCCCUUUUCUUCUUUGUCAACAAUGUGAUCCCUCCUACUUCUGCCACCAUGGGUGCACUCUAUCAGGAGCACCAUGAGGAGGAUUACUUCCUAUACAUUGCCUACAGUGAUGAGAGCGUCUAUGGAAGAGAAUGAACACCAGAGUGCUAGUCAACACUCUUGGGCUCCUCAUUUCACCAAAAAAAAAAGAAAAAAAAAGAUAAACAUGAGAGUAUGCUGGAAGCACCUUAUGUGAAAGUUUCCUGGGUGUCAAGUGGACUGAGUGAUGCAAGAUCAUCAAUCAUUGAAUUGGUAUGAGUGAAAAACAUUUGCCAUGGUUGUGUCUCAUGUGCAACUUUGGUUUCUUUGUGCAGUGUCCAUGCAUAUCUCUCAGCUCCUGGGGUUUAUUCAUUCUCUAUGUCUGCAGAUAUCCAAGAACAAAAUAGUCUUACUAAGUAAAUUUAAGGUACAGGACAUGGCCAAAGAUAAGACCCCGAACUUUGAACUCACAUAUUUCCACUUAUACAAGAGAUAUUUUAAUGAAAUACUGGCCUCAAGUUUAUAUGUUCCCAGUAGACUAUUACAAAUUUGAAUGAAGAUUUGAAUAAUUAAAAAAGAAAAUGAAAAUAGAAUGUUAAUUAGGGAUAUGUUUUGUUCCUUCAGAGAGACAUUACUCCACCUGUUAGUUCCUCUGACAAAGCUAGAUAAUAUGAAGACUCAAAGCAGAUUGUCUUCAUUGAUACCUGUUGACUGAUCUAUCAUUGCUAGGGAAAGAAACUAAUGAACAAAAAUGUUCAGCAAAAGCCCAGCUGAAAGAAUGUCUUCAUUAUAUCCAGCCAAAGGACAAAGGCAUUCCACUUGACUUUCUACACAGGCUCCUGUUCGUGUCCAGUUCCCCACUGCUAAGCAAUCAGAUUUGGAUUACAUUUUGAGUCUGUAGUUAUCAUAGAAGCCUGUGCUUCAUGCAUAUUCCUUGAAAAUAUUUAUAGGAAGAGCUGAUGAAAAGUUCAAACUUCGGGGUUUUUUUUUGCCACAUCCUGUAUAUGCUGCUUCACAACCAAAAAAAGUAAUCCUGACAGGAUGUACUCAUCAGAUGAGUGCUGCACAGUUGCCCAGUUUGCUCGCUCAAAUUAGUGUUAUGAGGUGGGCAUAUUUUCUUCUCUAGUCUUUAUUCUGCCUAUUGUGAUUAAUAAGCCAUCACUCAGAUGGACAAAAAUCAUCAAUGAAUGAAGGAGAGGAGCCCAGAUUUCAGGAUUUUGUCAGAGCCCGUGUCAUCAGACCAUUCAUGAUGCAACAGUGAUGAAUAUUUGUUCCACAACAUCUGCAGGACAGAUAGGAGGUCCAUCUAGGGAAUGAGUUCCAGUCUGAUCAACAUAUUUUCUUCCUCAUUGCUCCCCUUUCCUUGAUCAGAAACAAGAAAACCUGGGUAACCCAUCUGCAAAAGAGCUAUACCAAGAACAUGGCAAUAGAUAAUUCUAUCCCAUGGUGAAGGUGCACCAAAUGAAGUUCAUAUUUCACAGAAACUUGCUCAAAGGAGCAGCAUGACACUUUUUUAAAUUCUGACCUUGCUGCUUUCUUUGUCAAAGAAAAAAAGCUAUCCCCAAGAAAGGCUGCUUGGGACUAAGUGAACACUCAAUAUUUGCUGUGAUGAGGAUUCCAGAUAUACUGGGAUGUGCAUGUAAUUACCCAUUGGCAUACUUCCUUUGCACUCACCUCUUUAAUUCAAGUUUGGUAUGAUCUUCAUAUUUAGCUAUUUUCAUGAAAGUAAGUCAGACAUUUCAUGGCCCACUGAACAAGGAAAGGGACUAAAGUUGCAUUCGGGACACAUUGUAGAUAACUCACUGAUUGUGCUUUUCAAUAUAAUACUGCACGAAAUGCCCAUUCAAGUUACAAAGGAUUUGGCCUACAGUCUGAGUAGUAUGAAUUUGGAAGUAAAAUAUUUUCCUAUAAGUCCAUUUUCAUCAUUUGUUAGACUUUACUACCCAUCACUUCCCGAAGAAACCAUAAUCCAUUGGAGGUGCCACUUGUUUCAUGGCACGCCCUUCUAUUUGGUUUGAUGAAAUUCUGCUCAUGUAAGAAUUGGCUAAUACAUAGUAGCUUUUCUGAAUUGCAAUUAGAGUUUGCCAUUGUAAGUUAGACUAAAUUACUCUAAAUUGGGAUGAAUUUAAGUAGUUGGACAACUUGAAACAGCUGCUGAAUUGCCAUAUUAAUGCUAAUGGAAGUAGAAUUAUAUUUUCUUGCAGUCCAAUGAAAUUUUCCUGUGCUUACAGGCAAAAGUUUUAGCUGUGAGGGGAGCAGUGAUUUCACUUCCAGUAGGAGUAAUUUGCCAAUUGGAGGCAGUUAUAAGUUGGAAUGAUUACAUCUUUGAAGGUGUCUUGCAAUUUGCUGGUAUGGUUCAGUUCGUGAGUUGUGACUGUCAUAGUUAGUCAGGUGUGCAGGUGGUUUGAGUGACUUUUUUAUGGCCUGUUUUAGAGCAGGAGAGUAAUUGACCCAUCGUUAAGCAGCUGCAGAGACCCUUGGUAAUUCAGACUUCUAAAGGUACUAUUAAAGAUCCCAUUUCUACAGUCUAGAUUUGACUGUCACAGUUUCUGUUAUGAUGUUUGUAUUCUGGUUCUUUUGAUCAUGCUACACAUGUGACAGAGAGCUAAUUCAUCUAUUUCAAACCAUCUCUGUAUUGAAUAUCCUGUGCAGCAUUUCUAAGGAAUUUCAUUGUAUCUCUUCCAGAAAAGCAUUGGACAGUGAGACUAGAGUUGCUGUAGUCAUUAUCAUGUAGGCCUAGUCCUUUGACUCAUUCAGCCACUUGGACUUUUCUUUUAUAUUCCUUAUCCUUCAUUCAAGUCUUUCUACAUGGGAACUGGAUUCAUCAGAGGCUUGUAUUGGAAUAAAUCUUGCCAGAAAGACUACA